AUGGAUCAUUCGGUCAAAAUGCAUCGCCGCCGUGGACCUAACUUCACGUAUGUGAGCGGAUGUGUGAAAUAUAUGAUUUUUGUGUUGAAUUUUAUAUUCUGGUUAUUUGGAGGGUUGCUGAUAGCGGUGGGGCUGUACGCAUUCAUUGAUAAAUGGCAGGCCACAGGACUGAUAAAGUUGGACACAGUAUACGAUGUGAUGCUGAAUAUAAGUCUCCUGAUAGCUCUGCUCGGCGGUGUGGUGUUCAUCGUCAGCUUCGCCGGCUGCGUGGGCGCACUGCGAGAGAACACGUGCUUACUCAAGUUUUACUCCCUAUGUCUGCUGAUCCUGUUCCUGGUGGAGAUGGGCGGCGCGGUGUGUGGGUUCGUGUUCCCUCGGUCGCUGCACGGCCUGCUCGAGCUGAGCUUCACCGAGCGAGUCGUGCACGCAUAUAGAGAUGACCCCGAUCUGCAGAACUUUAUUGACUUUGCACAGAGUGAUUUCCACUGCUGUGGCCUGACCUCGGACGGCUACAUGGACUGGUCCAAGAACGAAUACUUCAACUGUUCAUCACCUUCAGUCGAAAGGUGUGGGGUUCCAUUCUCGUGCUGCAUCAAUGCGACUGACAUAUCCUCGGGUCUCGUCAACAUUAUGUGCGGAUAUGGAGUGCAGAAUUAUCCGGUGGCGGAAGCCAGCAAACGCGUAUGGACGAGUGGUUGUAUAGAGAUAGUGCGCUCGUGGGCGGAACGCAACCUGUAUACCAUCGCUAGCGUCGCACUCGCCGUGGCACUCGCUCAGCUGUUCGUUAUAUACCUCGCCAAGACUUUGGAGGGACAGAUCGAGUUGCAGAAAGCUAGUUUUAAUAAAAACUAA